UACUCUAGAAUCAAGAAUUCCCAUGUCUAUCUGUAACGAAAAUUCUCAUUCGGACACACUCCACCAAUUAAAAAUCAUGGAUAUAUUUUUAUAAGCGAUAACCCUAGAAAAAAAUAUUAUAUAUACGCCCCCUCUAUUCCACUGAAAAAAUCACCAUUUUCUACUCUACUGAUACUGAGCUCUUUCAAGUUAUAGCAAAUAUCAAAGCAUGGAGUCCAACCGCAAGCGCAGAGGAUUCAUGAAGGGCAAGUUGAUGCCGUUCUACCGAUCACCGAAGUCUUCUUCAUCAAACUUGCAGUACACCAGCAAGGUCAUCAAGCCCAGCCAGGCUUCUCCUUCAGCACCGUCGGUUGGAUUUUACGUCCACCAGGACUAUAUCAUUGCUCCUCCGAAGCAGAACAAGGUCUCUUUUAUUAUAGCUCCACCGCCUGACGGCAACCGCGAGAGGCUAGCUCAGUUUGAUAAGGUAUAUGGACUCCCUGGAGAUGAAAGCGUAGAUAUCAAGGCUGCUUCUUAUAUCUCUUCUGUUCAAGAACGUUUCAAGCUUGAACGAAGCAACUCUGAAAGAAUCAAGCAUGAAGAUUUUCAGUAAAAUCAAUAUAGUAAUCUAUAUAUCAUGCUACGUAUACUAAUCAGGAUCGAUAAUAAAUUUCCUGAAUAGGUAGGCUGAUGUGUUUGUUAUUGUACUGCUUGAUGAAGUUAAUUAUCGUGGUCUUUUGAUGAGAAAUUAAUUAAUUAAUGUUUUGCCUUAA